CCGCCCCGGGAAUCCAUUGUCGGAGACUGUUUGAGUAUGUCGUAAACCAAAAGCUUAAUCAAGCGACAUGAAAGCACGGGAAAUGGAAGCGAGUUGCCUGGGGAUUCAAACGCUGGUGGAAUGGCCGUGAGUCUGUCUGGGACUGUAUUGUUUCUCCUGACAACAUACAUGUUUAUUUAAACAGCGGGAACGAAUAUAUAGGAUUACUCCAUGUUAGCGGUGUCUUCUGCUCGCAACACGUGGUCCUGCCAGUGUAAGUAGGGAACUACGGAACUGAGUGUAACAGGCACCACCGUGUUGGCGUCGCCAGAUUUACAUUGGAAUUGUGUUGCGUUCCGAUAGACGUAAAAUGUCAUUGUGAUUCAUCUAAAGCGUUUCAACGAGAUGGAAACGUGCACGUGUUGAUGCAAAAUCUGUCUCGGCCUUGUUUCCCCGCCACGUGAAACGAAACAACUAAAGCCACAAGAGUAUGAAAGUCUGUUUCUCCCGAGUUUUCGCGACUUUUGGAUGAAUACUCCAGCAAAUAGCAUGCAGUAAUAUACAGAUGUACAUGUUAAAUAAGACGAUUUUAGGGGAAUAUUCUUUCUGCCAGUACAGGGCAAUAUAGAAAUUAAAAAAUAUAUACUUUUAAGAGACGUAGCCAAAAACACGGAUGAAAAGGCAUACAAUGUGUAGAUCAUAGGAAGCAUCUACCUACAGACGCUGCUAAAUACUAUUUUUUACCAUAACGCAAGUGAUAAUAGUUAUUUUGUACAGUUAUACCAAUUUCUACGUCCAGUUUUGUAGAUUUUGGUCAUAAGUAUGUGUUUCAUGUGUGAGUAUAACCAACAACGUUUUGUGUCUGUUAGAACUCGUGAAACACAGAAGUAGUCGGAGCGUGGAAGUAGCCAUGAUUUCCGUUUCCUGAACAUGCGGAUCAAAGAUGUGGGACCAAAUUACAACAAAAGCGUCAGUGGUCCUUUUGGCCAUGAUGUUCCAAGUGACAAGGUCUAUUCGAUGUUACACGUGUGAAAAUGAGCAGUCCAACACAAUGUGCGUCGGAGAACACAACUUGUUGGAAUGUGCGACGGACAUGGAUACCUGUCAAACGAUCAUAGACUUCUCAGAUGCCACAGAGACCAUGUCCAUUAUCAAAACAUGCUCGAUGAACUCUUCGUGUGCUCUCCAGAAACAAGAACACGCCGACAUCCCCUGUGACACUCACAACAAACGAUGGAUGUGCAUACACUGUUGCCAUAGCGACGGCUGCAAUAUAAAUGCAGCCUCCGAUGUCUGGGCCGUAAACUCUGUUUUGACUGUAACGGCUGCCGGUAUGAUUGUUUCGCGGUUCUACAGGCUACACUGGGGGUGAUAGUGAUAUUUCUACAGUAUUAUCAUUAAGUGUAUAUUAGGAGGAGCAUUGUAUUGCCAUACAAAACGCUUAAAAUCGGACAUGCACAAACAGAACUUCGAUAAUGUCGCUGAGCAACGAUGUGGUUACCAUGGAAAUUUAUUUCUUUAAACGAGUUAAAUCGUAAUGUGACUAUAUGCUACCAGCAUCUUAAAUUUGUAAAUAAAUAGUCUUGUUUUUA